AUGGAUUUGGUGAACCACCUAGAGGGUCGGCUGUUGUUCGCCGUGCCCAAGAAGGGCCGCCUUAACGCCGCUACGCUGAACCUGCUCGAGGGUGCUGAUAUUCAGUUCCGUCGUGAGAGCCGUCUUGACAUCGCGCUUGUCAAGAACCUCCCUAUCGCCCUCAUCUUCCUUCCCGCUGCCGAUAUUCCUACCUUCGUCGGCGAGGGCCGCGUCGACCUUGGAAUCACAGGUUGGGACCAGGUUCGAGAGCACGAUGCCGGCAUCAUUGCCUACAACAAGUCCCGCAGGGCCUCAGUCGAUAUCAGCGCCGAUGGCAGCGACCUCAAGCCUACCGGAGGCUGCGAGAUGGUCAUGGACCUCGGCUUCGGCGCCUGCAAGUUGCAGGUCCAGGUCCCUGAAAAGGGCGCCUACGCCACCACACAGGACCUGAUUGGCAAGACCAUUGGCACCAGCUUCGUCAACUUGGCGGAGGAGCACUUCGCGAAGCUCGAGCUGGGUGUUGAUGCUGAAGGAAACAGCAACACCUCGCCGAGAAAGCUGCGCACCAAGAUUAUUGAGCUCAGUGGAAGUGUCGAGGCUGCAUGCGCUCUGGGAGUUGCCGACGGUAUUGUCGACCUUGUUGAGUCUGGUGAGACCAUGAGAGCCGCUGGCCUCAAGGCCAUCGAUACCGUCGUCGACUCGCAGUCGGUCCUCAUCAAGUCUCGCUCGCCGUCAAACGUUGAGCUCGUCGAGCUCAUCGCUGCUCGUAUCCGCGGUGUCAUCACCGCUCAGAAGUUCGUCCUGUGCCAGUACAACAUCGAGAGGUCACGCCUCGCCGAGGCCAAGCAGAUCACCCCCGGUAAGCGGGCGCCGACCAUCACGACGUUGGACGAGGAGGGCUGGGUUGCUGUCAGCUCGAUGGUUGAGAAGAAGAAGAUUGCUUUGGUGAUGGAUGAUUUGACCCGCGUUGGCGCCCAGGACAUUUUGGUGCUUGAUAUCCACAACACUAGAUAG